AUUCUUCUUCAAUGGUCACGCUUCUCCAGUCACGUUCCCAACUACCCCUCCAACUACCUUUUAUCUUCUCCUCCUCCUCCUCCUUUGUCUCUUUCUCUUUCGCUUUCUGCUUCUGGGUAGCUUCUAAUCCGCACAAUGUCGGAACCCUUCACUUCCUUAAGCUCCGACCUCACAGAACUAAUCCUCUCCCACCUCCCUAUCCCCUCCCUCCUUCGUGCCUCCGUCGUAUGCAAGCGCUGGCAUUCCCUCAUCUCCAGCCCUUCUUUCCCUUCCCUUCCUCACCACAACCUUCCUUGGUUUUUCCUCCAUGGCCUCCACAACACCUCCUCCAAGAACAACCAGUCCUUCGCCUUCGACCCCUCCUCCAACUCCUGGUUUCGUAUCCCUUCUUUUCCUUUCCCUUCCCAUGACUUCAUUGGCUCCAAUGGGUUCCUCUUUUCCACCGCUCCUUCUUUCUCCUUUUCCCCUGUCCUCAAACCCCGCUGGAAAUCCACCUCUCCCCUUCGCUUUUCCAGGAUCAACCCACUUGUUGGCGUUUUCUUUGACCAUAAAACUUCUCAAUCUCACAUAUCGAAGCCUCAUUUUAUAGUUGUUGGCGGUGUUCGAUUCAUUGGUAAUUUGGUUGAUAUCGAGGACAGAUUGGCUGUUGAAAUUUAUAACCCUUCUUCCGAUUCUUGGGAUCUCUGUCCGACUUUACCGGCUGAUUUUCGAUCCGGUAAUUCAUCUCAGACUUUAUCCUCUGCCCUGUUCAAAGGUAGAUUAUUUGUGUUUGGUAUAUACACUUUCUUUGUUUCUUUUUUCGAUUUGGAUAAGCAUGUUUGGAGCCAAGUACAGACAUUGAGGCCACCUGGUGUGCUUUUUGCAUUCCUGAUUGCAUGUCAAGAAAUGCUUGUUUUGGCUGGUAUGUGUAAUGGACCACGAGGGCCAUCUUUCAAUUUGUGGAGGAUUGAUGAGAAAAGCAUGGAGUUCAGUGAAAUUGCUAUUAUGCCUCAGGAUUUGCUUUAUGGGCUGGUUGAUAGCGAGGAGGAUGAUAAGUUUGCCAGCUUAAAAUGUGUUGGGAUUGGGAGUCUUAUUUAUGUAUUCAAUGAGGAGUAUCACAAGAAGUACCCUGCUUGCAUUUGUGAGAUCAUUAACGAGUCUGGCAAGUGUAGCUGGAGGAGAGUGCCCCAAUUGCCAUCACCUGUUAAUAAGUUUCACAAGGUUAUCAGCUUUUGUUCCACAGUUUUACCACAUAAUAUUUUCCUGGGUGAAGGGGAAGAAAUUGGACUGGUGGAGCCUAUGUCUGACUGACCAGCUUGUCUACUUGGGUUGGGUUACAAAUUAUUAGCUGGAAAAUGCUUUCUUGGACUGGAUUUUGCAGUAGCUUCCUUCUUUUCCAUUAGUUUUUGGUGGAAAGACUUGACUGCUGACGAUCCUAGUUAAUGUAAACUAUUAAUCUUUGGUUUUGAUUUUAAUUUGUUGUGUCAUACAGCUUUCUUGGUUUUGUCUAUCAAUUCCACGGGUUUAAUAAUCUGCUGGCCUGCUGCCUGCUGAAGCAUUUCCGAAAAUUGUUCCAUCUUUUGAUAGCUUGAAAAUAUGGUGCUAUGUAACUAAGUUUUGCACAGGGAACUUCUUGUCUUUACCGUU